CAACCUCAGCCACACCCUCCCUCUUAUCCCCUUCUAUAUAUUCACCUCCAAGCUCGCAUCCCAUUUUCACCGGCAACAAAUCAAGCCUUUUUUUCUCUUCCUGCAAGGUAAAUUCGGAGGGAAAGCUCGAAUCAGUUUUUGGAGCUGGUGUUUUGGGGUAAAACCCGGGCAAGCAAGUUGUAGACAUCACGGCUAUACACAGAGUAACUCGGCCUCUAAUUCAUGUCCGGGCGGUACGACGCAAGGGUUGUGUGAUAGAGAGCAACCCUUCGCCGCACGGCGGGCGUGGUGCUUUGCCUUCCGAAGGCGGUAGCCCUUCUGACCUCCUCUUUCUUGCUGGCGGAGGCGUCUUUUAGGUUUUGCUAGUAGUUUAGAUUUUUUAUUUUGCUUUUUAAGAGUAAGUUUGUGUUUUGAAUUUUUUUAGUUCUUAAAUAAGAAAAAAAGCCCAAAAGCCUUCUCCUCGUCAUCGUUGUUGUUCUUGUUCUUCUUCUCCUUGUUGUUGUCUAUGUACUUGUUUUAUUGAAAGAAAGAUAUAAAUAAGAUGUUGAGGAUCAAGAGAGUGCCAACCGUUGUUUCGAAUUACCAGAAAGAGGAGGCGGAAGAGGGUGCUCGUCGCAGAGGCGGGUGUGGUCGGAAUUGCCUUAACAAGUGCUGCAUCGAAGGGGCAAAUCUUCCCUUGUAUUUGUUCAAGAGCGUAAGCAAGACUGAGACUGCGAAGGUUGUGCUUGAAAAGGAGAAUAGCGAGCCUCCGGUUGCGUUUCUAGACUCGCUUCUUCUUGGGGAGUGGGAGGACCGCAUGCAGAGAGGACUCUUUCGCUAUGAUGUCACUGCCUGUGAAACCAAGGUGAUUCCGGGAGAGUAUGGUUUCAUUGCCCAGCUGAACGAGGGCCGCCACCUGAAGAAGAGGCCAACUGAAUUCCGUGUUGACAAGGUCCUCCAGCCUUUUGAUGGGAACAAAUUUAACUUCACUAAAGUUGGGCAGGAAGAGGUGCUCUUCCAGUUCGAAGCAAGUCAAGAUGGUGAAGUUCAGUUCUUCCCAAAUGCGCCCAUUGAUGUUGAGAAUUCGCCAAGUGUUGUUGCCAUCAAUGUUAGUCCAAUUGAAUAUGGGCAUGUGCUGCUGAUCCCACGGGUUCUUGAGUGCUUACCUCAGAGGAUUGACCGUGAUAGCUUAUUGCUUGCACUUCAGAUGGCCGCCGAAGCUGGGAAUCGGUACUUCCGCUUGGGUUACAAUAGCUUGGGUGCAUUUGCUACCAUCAAUCACCUUCACUUCCAGGCUUACUACCUGGCCAUGCUCUUCCCAAUUGAGAAGGCCUCUACCAAGAAGAUGACCUCUAUGGAUAAUGGGGUGCUGAUUUCUGAGCUUUUGAAAUAUCCAGUCAGAGGUCUUGUCUUUGAGGGUGGAAAUGCUAUAGUAGAUUUAUCCAACAGUGUCUCGGAUGCUUGCAUUUGCCUUCAAGAAAACAACAUACCUUACAAUGUGCUUAUUUCUGAUUGUGGAAAGCGCAUCUUUCUCUUACCACAGUGCUAUGCUGAGAAACAAGCUCUUGGGGAAGUAAGUGCCGAGCUUCUCGACACCCAAGUCAACCCAGCUGUGUGGGAAAUUAGUGGGCAUAUGGUGUUGAAGAGGAAGAAGGACUAUGAGGAGGCAUCAGAGGAAAAUGCUUGGAGGCUGCUUGCUGAAGUCUCUCUCUCUGAAGAGAGGUUCCAGGAAGUGAGUGCUCUCAUCUUUGAAGCCAUUUCCUGUGGUGAUAUUGCCAAUGGCAAUGUUGCUGAGAACUUGCUUGAGGCAGGUGUCAAAUCUCAAGCUCUUGAAGAAGUCAAUAAUGCUGUUAACCCAAGCUCCUGCUGCACCUUUGUGCCGGGGACUCAGGAAUGCCUAUUUCUCCGGUAAGAUCUGGGCUGGAUAACCAGACCAUCUGUGCAUUUAGGUCUGGCUCAUUCAUGCUAGGGUCUACCAUAUGAGUUUGUGUUUCAUGGAGUGAGGCGGUUGCCUGAAUAAGCAGACUCUGUUUGCAGUGGUUGCUGUAAUUUGUGUUUCUGUUGAAACGUCUCAUCAGACUCAUGAUGUACUGUUGAUAUAUGCUUUCAGUGUUAUGUAAGAUUCAGUGUUUGCUGUGUGAUA